GUGUUCAAAAAUCUAUUCCUUGAUUGGUAAGACUGAACACAUUGUUUUUGUCCUAUAUUCAUAGAGGAAAUCCAUCAAAUUUGAGAGAGCAGAAGAAAAUUGUCCAUCUCGAUUUAUUUGACUUACCGGAAGUUUAUUUGCAGAACUAUGAGACUCCCUUCAGUAGAAUGUCAUUUUUGGUCUUCUCUCUCUUUUUAAAUGUGCAAUGGCUGGAGAUAUAGUCUAUGCUGAUAUUAAAAUUGAUAGGACUUUUUCUUUAGAAAAUUCAUCGUCACUUCAGAAAUCUGAUUCUCACCAUCAUGGCAUUUUCCUGAAAGUUGGAUGUGCAAUGAUCAUCACCCUAUUUGUAACAGUAAUUGUGCUGAGCAUUUUGAUUAUCCAGUUGAAAUAUGCAAGACAUAAUGCAGUGGAAAAUGAAUCAAAAGAGAAAUUUUGUACUGGUAAAAAUAAAUCUGGAACAAUCACCUCAACAGUUUCUUUCAAUUUCUCCACUGCUCACAAAUCAUGCCCCUCUAAAGACUGGAAGCUACAUGGAGGGAAAUGUUACUGGAUUGCUGAAGAUAAGAAAUCUUGGGAUGAAAGCAAAAAUGACUGUGCCAUGAAAAAUUCACAUCUCCUGGUGAUUCAAGACUUCAUUGAUAUGAGUUUCCUGUGGCGGUACCUCAAUACCUCAGUGUUUUACCUUAUUGGCCUAUCUAUUCCACCUGGAGGGCAGUCAUGGACCUGGGUAGACAACAAACUUUUUGACUCCCAUUUGUUUCCAGUAGAAGAAAAACGGAUAACCCGGAGCAUGAAAUGUGCCCAGGUGUCUCGUAGGAAGGUUACCAACCAAAACUGUGAGCAAAAUGACCAGUGGAUUUGUCAACUCUAAUCCGCACUGCAGAAAAUCAGUCUCCAUUUCUCUGACUAAAAGACACAUGACACCACAUGAAGUUUGAUGUCAGACCAUAUCAGAGUCCAGAGGGCUCUAUCUGUGUGCACACGCACACACACACACACACACACACACACACACAUUUGUUCAUUCGUGUGGGUAUAGUACUAUUUCUCAGAGAUGUAGGAAGGCUAAUAGAGGAAAUGAAAUGUCAUAGAAACUGAGUAGAUAGAAUGAAUAUAUUUUUCAUCUGCAUAAUCAAUGACCAAUGACUCUCUUUGCCUGUAUUUUUGGAACUUCAGUCUUCUCUACAUCUUGCCUCUACAAUAUCCUUACAUUCUUCCAACUUUAAUGACCACGAUGUACAAAGCAAUUCCUCUCAAAUUUACAUCUCUGGCCCAGUCUUUCCCUGAUCACCCUAGUGCUUAUUUAACCUAUCAAAUCUAAAAUCUCAAAGGCAUUUCAAACUCAAUGUAUAAAAAUAAUUCAUUAACUUUCCUCACAAAAGGAAAAACCCUCCAGUACUUAGCCUCUCAGUCAAUGGCACAACAUAUAAGAAAUUACACAACCUAUAAACUGGCUGUCUCGUUACCACUUUCUCUCUGGCCCACACUUCCGGGCUGCUCUCCACUCUACUUCUCACAAAACCAAGUCUUGUCACCUGUUUUUUUUUACUAAUAUCUCUCAAAUCUGACCUCUUCUCUUCACCAUUUUCACAAUCUUAAUAACAAAGAAUUAAAAUGUUAAAUAACUGCCGUAACAGGGUCUUCCUGUUCUACUCCUAACCCAUUUCAGUUACUCUCUGUCAUGCAACCUAGGUGAUACUUAAAAAAUA